CAGCAUAGCUAGAAACUCGAAAGAUACCAAAUUAGCUUAGUUAUUAUCGCCUACAAAAGUAGUGCUGAGCUCCAUAAACUUUAUUAUAAAUAGUUAUGGUCGGAAAAGAUACCCAACCCUUCAGACAACUUCUACCUAACCUUGUGAAACCUAUAAGUUAUGACAUAACCAUUAAACCUGAUUUUGACCAAUUUACUUUUCUUGGAACUUCUUCUAUUGAAAUUAAAGUCUUCGAAAACACUCAAGAAAUAAUUUUGCACGCUGUAGAUCUUGAAAUUUUGGAAUGUACACUGAAGAGUGGGAAGGACAGUUUUGAUAAAUCUCGUUUAAACUACAACAAAGAUGAUGAAACGGUCACACUUUACUUUAAGGAAAAAAUCACUGUUGGGAAAUAUCAGUUAGACCUGUCGUUUAACGGCCAGCUGAAUGAUAAAAUGGUAGGAUUUUAUCGUUCUAAGUACGAAAAGAACGGCGAGUACAAGUUUUGCGGGGUUACCCAGUUUGAGCCUACUGAUGCUCGGAGAGCCUUUCCUUGCUUUGACGAACCUUCAUUGAAAGCAACUUUUGUCAUCCGUCUCGAUAUCCCCGUUUCAUUGAUAGGCCUUUCCAACAUGCCUGUAGACUUUAGUGAAACACGCGGAGAUACCCAACUUAUUACUUAUAAACCAACGCCCAUUAUGUCAACGUACUUGAUUGCUUUUGUUAUUGGAGAAUACGACUUUGUGGAAUCAAAAACGGAGCGCGGUGUUACCGUCCGCGUUUUUACGGAAGUAGGAAAGUCCAAGAAGGGCAAGUUCGCUCUAGCAUGUGCCUGUAAAAUCCUGGACUUUUACACGGAUUAUUUUGAUCUUGGCUACCCGUUGGAAAAAGUCGACAUGAUAGCCAUUUCCGACUUCAGCGCCGGCGCAAUGGAAAAUUGGGGGCUUAUAACCUACCGAGAAACUGCUCUUCUGAUUGACGAGGCCACCUCCUCGUUGGCCAGCAAGCAGCGCGUCGCCUACGUGGUUGCGCACGAACUUGCCCACCAGUGGUUCGGUAACUUGGUCACAAUGGCAUGGUGGAACGAUCUCUGGCUCAACGAGGGCUUUGCCACGUGGGUUGGCAACCUUGCCGUCGACUUUCUCUACAAAGAAUGGGAUGCGUGGCCUCAGUUUGUCCAGGAAUACACGUCGAGUGCUUUGCAACUUGAUUCUCUGCGUAGCUCGCACCCCAUCGAGGUCGAAGUGCGACGGUCUUCCGAGGUCAACGAAAUCUUCGACGCCAUCUCGUAUUGCAAGGGGGCCUCCGUUAUCAGGAUGCUCGCAGCUCAUCUGGGAAUGGAUGUUUUCCGGGAAGGCCUCCGGGGAUACCUAAAGAAGCAUCAGUACGGCAAUGCAGCCACUAAAGACUUGUGGUGCUCUUUGUCUGAAGCGAGCAAUAAGGACAUUGUCGAAUUUACUUACAAAUGGACGAAAGAGACGGGCUACCCCGUCAUAAUGGUGACGCGCACGGCCAAAGACACACUCUCAGUCACCCAGAAGCGCUUUUUAGCAACCGGCGAAGCACUAAAAGAGGAAAAGGCAUGGCAAGUUCCGCUCUCGGUGACCGGGGAUGGGACCAAUACCGUGUUUAGAAAAGUACUCUCGACUUUUGAGGACACCCUACGCUUGCCGGAAGACCUCGCAAAGUCGACGUGGCUUAAGCUCAACGUGGGAUUUAACGGCUUUUAUCGCGUCAAAUACUCGGAUGAACUGUUCUCGGCUCUGUCAGAUGCCCUGAUAACCCAAGUUUUGCCCACCGUGGACCGCCUCGGGAUAGCCAACGACGCCUUUGCGCUCUCGCGGGCCGGUUACAUAAGGACGGACAAAGUUCUUAGCUUAAUCGAAUAUUUUAAAGAAGAGAAGGAGUACACUGUAUGGGUAGACAUAACAGAAAAUUUGCGCCAAGUCCAAGUUCUUUAUGAAGAGCAUGAGGCGAAGGAGAAGCUGCAGACCUACAUGCGCCAGCUCUAUUCCCCCAUAGCGCACGAGGUUGGUUGGGAGCCCGAGGAGAAUGAGCACCCACUGCGCUCGUUGCUGCGGUCCGUUGUUAUCUCCGCGCUCGGGCUCAACGGGGAUGCCGCUAUCAUUGAUGUCGCUAGAGAUCGAUUUGCAAAGUACCUAGAAGAUCCUGCAUCGCUGAUUCCCGACUUGCGCUCCGCAGUGUUCAGCAUUGUUGUAGCGAACGGGGGAAAGCAUGAGUUUGAUAGUGUCCGCAGUAUCUUCUAUAAUGCUGAUAUGCACGAGGAGAGAAUGCGCGCACUAUCUGCAUUGGGCCGCACGGAAAUUCCGCAACUAGUCGACGAGCUGUUAAAGAUGGGGCACAGUGAAGCCGUCCGGCCGUCUGACCUGUGCUAUGUCUACGGUUCCCUAAGCAGCAAUGGCGUUGCGCGCCCUCUAGCAUGGAAAUAUAUGAAAGAACACUUCCCCGCUUUGAAGCAGCAGUUUGGAAACGGCCAGUUCUUACUCUGUAGGAUGAUCGAGGUUGCUACGAAAAACUUUGCCUCGAAAGAAAAAGCGCAAGAGAUUCGCGAAUUCUUCACUGUCCAUCCGACCGAAUCAGCCUUGCGCACUAUUGAGAACAGCAUCGAGCGGGUCAUGAGCAAUGCCGCAUGGCUCGAGCGUGAUCGCCAGCACGUGUUUGAAUAUCUAAGGAAACGCUAGACGGCCCCCCCCUCUUAUCUCGUGCCUG